AUGGCGGAAGGAAGGGGUUCAGGAUGGCGGAAGGAACUCUCUCCUGCCUCCCGCUGUCGGCUCUCUCCUGCCUCCCGCUGUCGGCUCUCUCCUGCCUCCCGCUGUCGGCUCUCUCCUGCCUCCCGCUGUCGGCUCUCUCCUGCCUCCCGCUGUCGGCUCUCUCCUGCCUCCCGCUGUCGGCUCUCUUCUUCCUUCUUGGUUACUUUUGAUGUCAGUAGUCUGGCAGAUCUUGGUGGAAAUGUAAUAUGGAGGUUCGGGGACAUUGUUCUUCAUCUCUCUCCUGCCUCCCGCUGUCGGCUCUCUCCUGCCUCCCGCUGUCGGCUCUCUCCUGCCUCCCGCUGUCGGCUCUCUCCUGCCUCCCGCUGUCGGCUCUCUCCUGCCUCCCGCUGUCGGCUCUCUCCUGCCUCCCGCUGUCGGCUCUCUUCUUCCUUCUUGGUUACUUUUGAUGUCAGUAGUCUGGCAGAUCUUGGUGGAAAUGUAAUAUGGAGGUUCGGGGACAUUGUUCUUCAUGUCCUGUCGCUGGGAGCGGACGUCCUGCCCGAGUACAAACUGCAAGCUCCUCGUAUCCACAAGUGGACCAUCCUCCACUACAGUCCCUUUAAAGCCGUGUGGGACUGGCUGAUCCUGCUGCUGGUCAUCUACACGGCCAUCUUCACCCCGUACUCGGCGGCCUUCCUCCUGAACGACCAGGAAGAGACGACCAACGAGAGCUGCGGCUACUCCUGCAACCCGCUGAGCGUGGUGGACCUGAUCGUGGACAUCAUGUUCAUCAUCGACAUCCUCAUCAACUUCCGCACCACCUACGUCAACAUCAACGAGGAGGUGGUCAGCCACCCGGGCAAGAUCGCCAUCCACUACUUCAAGGGCUGGUUCCUCAUCGACAUGGUGGCCGCCAUACCUUUCGACCUUCUGAUCUUCGGCUCCGGCACCGAGGAGACCACCACUCUGAUUGGCCUGCUGAAGACGGCCCGCCUCCUGCGUCUGGUGCGAGUGGCCCGUAAGUUGGACCGGUACUCGGAGUACGGCGCGGCCGUCCUCUUCCUCCUCAUGUGCACCUUCGCCCUCAUUGCUCAUUGGCUGGCCUGCAUCUGGUACGCCAUUGGUCACAUGGAACACUACGACCAGGAAUACCGCUCCAUCGGUUGGCUCUAUUCGCUGGGGACGCAGAUCAUGAAGCCGUACAACAACAGCAACCAGAAAUCGGGGCCGACCAUCAACGACAAGUACGUCACCGCCCUCUACUUCACCUUCAGCAGCCUGACCAGCGUGGGCUUCGGAAACGUGUCCCCCAACACCAACUCCGAGAAGAUCUUCUCCAUAUGCGUCAUGCUGAUCGGAUCACUGAUGUACGCCAGCAUUUUCGGGAACGUAUCUGCGAUCAUCCAGCGACUGUACUCCGGCACCGCCAGGUAUCACACCCAGAUGCUGCGGGUCCGGGAAUUCAUCCGUUUCCACCAGAUUCCCAACCCCCUACGCCAGCGCCUGGAGGAGUAUUUCCAACACGCCUGGUCCUACACCAACGGCAUCGAUAUGAACGCGGUGAGGAAGAAUGACAUAUUCGGGGAGCCCAUAAACCUGUACGCACGGCCCGGGAAGUCCAACGCCGACGUCCGCGCUCUCACCUACUGCGACCUGCACAAGAUUCACCGGGAGGACCUGCUGGAGGUCCUGGACAUGUACCCGGAAUUCUCCGACUAUUUCUGGUCCAGCCUGGAAAUCACCUUCAACCUCCGAGACGUAAGUGUGCCGGCGCGCGCCGCUCGCUCCCCAUCCUUGUAUCUGAGAGGGAUCUCCUGCACAGAGUCUCAGGGGCGCGCCGCUCGCUCCCCAUCCUU